CCUCAACAAUCAUGGCCGCCGCUAGCGUCAAGCCCGCUCGGGAGACCGCGCUGCCGCCUGGGAAUCGCCGGUCCGGCGUCACCCGUUCCGGAACCACGUGACGCGGGAGGCGCUCGAGGCGGCGUGGCUCGCCCGGGUGGAGCGGCCUCGGCGCGGGAGCCGGGAGGGUGCUGCCCGGGGGAGGUCUCCCGGCGGGUCUUGGCCUCUGCGUGCUCGCGCCCGCCUGCUCAGGCUCGCGGUCCUGGGCGCUGCCGGAAAGGAAUAAUGCUGUCAGCAUGUCUGCACACUCCAUGCUCUGUGAACGGAUUGCCAUAGCCAAGGAACUGAUCAAGAGGGCAGAAUCACUUUCUAGAUCAAGAAAAGGUGGCAUUGAAGGUGGUGCAAAGCUGUGCAGCAAACUGAAGGCAGAAUUAAAGUUCUUACAGAAAGUAGAAGCUGGGAAAGUAGCUAUUAAAGAAUCCCAUUUACAGAGCACUAAUCUAACACACCUGCGAGCCAUUGUGGAAUCAGCAGAAAACCUGGAAGAAGUUGUUAGUGUUCUUCAUGUCUUUGCUUAUACAGAUACCUUGGGAGAGAAGCAGACCCUUGUGGUGGAUGUGGUUGCAAAUGGUGGUCAUACUUGGGUGAAAGCCAUUGGCCGAAAAGCUGAAGCUCUGCAUAACAUCUGGCUAGGCAGGGGUCAGUAUGGUGAUAAAAGCAUCAUUGAGCAGGCGGAAGACUUCCUCCAGGCGAGUCACCAGCAGCCAGUGCAGUAUAGCAACCCUCACAUCAUCUUUGCAUUUUACAACAGUGUCUCCAGCCCCAUGGCAGAGAAGCUGAAAGAAAUGGGCAUAUCUGUGAGAGGAGACAUAGUAGCAGUCAACUCUCUGUUAGAUCACCCUGAAGAGCUCCAGCUCAGUGAGAGUGAAUCAGAUGAAGAGGGCCCUCAACUUUUACAAGUGACCAGAGUAGACCGAGAAAAUAUACUGGCAAGUGUUGCGUUUCCAACAGAGAUUAAGGUUGAUGUAUGCAGAAGAGUAAAUCUGGACAUUACUACUUUAAUCACAUAUGUGUCUGCCCUUAGCUAUGGAGGCUGCCACUUUAUUUUCAAAGAAAAAGUACUCACAGAACAAGCAGAGCAAGAGAGGAAGGAGCAGGUUCUACCUCAGCUGGAGGCAUUUAUGAAGGACAAGGAGUUGUUUGCUUGUGAAUCUGCUGUCAAAGAUUUUCAGUCCAUUCUAGAUACCUUAGGAGGACCUGGGGAGAGAGAGAGGGCAGCUAUGCUAAUUAAGCAAAUUAAUGUGGUUCCAGACCAGCCUUCUGAGCGUGCCUUGAGACUAGUGGCCAGUUCAAAAAUUAAUAGCCGCUCAUUAACGAUCUUUGGGACAGGAGACACCCUGAAAGCCAUCACAAUGACUGCCAAUAGUGGUUUUGUCAGAGCUGCAAACAAUCAGGGUGUUAAAUUUAGUGUGUUUAUCCAUCAGCCCAGAGCACUUACUGAGGGCAAAGAGGCCCUAGCCACCCCCUUACCAAAAGACAACACAACCGGCAAUGAGCACUAAUGACCCUUUAAAUUUUGUCAUGGGAAUAAGUUAUUUAUACCAAAGCCUGGGGCUUCCCAUCUAUACUGGUGAAAAAGAAGGUCUAUAGUAAAAUCAAUACUUAAACCAGUAGAGUUUGUUUUGUGUCUCAUCUAUAUUUAAAGUAUGUAACUGCCAAAAGUAGAAAAAGCACAGGAGACAACCUUAUCAAACUAUGUUAGAGCAAUUAAGAACAGAAAUACAUUUAUAUAAGGCUUUCAGCUCUAUUGUAAUACUCUUGUUUGAUUCUGUAUAGCUGCAGUGCCCCUACUGAUAAUCAGAUUUUGUGGAAUAGGGCCAUUACUGCAUCUUGCAUUAAAUAAUAUUUGGAGAAUACUC